AGGCGCAGCGCCGGGGGGAGCCCGGGGGGGCCCGGGGGGGGCGGGAGGAGCCGCUGGAGCAUCCCGGAGCCGCCGCCCGCCAUGGAGGAGCCCGCCGCGGGCAGCAGGGACCCGGCCGGCGCUUACGGGACGCCGCAGAAGUACGACCCGACUUUCAAAGGUCCCAUCUACGACAGGGGCUGCACCGACAUCAUCUGCUGCGUCCUGCUGGUCAUCGCCAUCGUGGGCUAUGUGGUGGUGGGCGUCGUGGCCUGGACCCACGGGGACCCCCGGAAGGUGAUCUACCCGACCGACAGUCGCGGGCAGUUCUGCGGGCAGCAGGGAACCCCCAACGAGAAGAAACCUUUCCUCUUUUACUUCGACAUUGUGAAGUGUGCCAGCCCGCUGGUGCUGCUGGAAUUUCAGUGCCCGACCACGCAGAUCUGCGUCAGCAAAUGCCCGGACCGGUACCUGACGUACCUGAGUGCCUAUGGCUCCCGCGCGGCCGGCGAGCUGGAGUACUACCGGCACUUCUGUGUCCCUGAGUUUAAAAACCUGCAGAAGACUCCCGUGGAGGUACUGAAGGACAAGGAGUGCCCGGCCAUGAUUAUCCCCAGCACGCCACUGGCGCGGCGAUGCUUCCCGGCCAUCCGGGCCAAGAAGGGUGUCAUCAUGGUCGGCAACGAGACCACGUACGACGACGGCCAUGGGCACCGGAGGAACGUCACCGAGCUGCUGGAAGGGGCCAAAAAAGCAAACGUGGUCCUGGAAACCAGACAACUGGCCAUGAAGAUCUUCGAAGAUUACACCGUUUCCUGGUACUGGAUAAUCAUAGGCCUCGUCAUCGCCAUGGUGGCCAGCUUCAUCUUCAUCGUCCUGCUCCGCUUCCUGGCUGGGAUCAUGGUCUGGGUGAUGAUCGUGAUGGUCAUCCUGGUGCUGGGCUACGGAAUCUUCCACUGUUACAUGGAAUAUGCCAAAUUGAAAGGGGAAGCGGGUUCCGACAUCUCCCUGAAGGACCUGGGAUUUCAGACCGACCUACGCGUCUACCUCCACCUGCGGCAGACGUGGCUGGCGUUCAUGAUCAUCCUGUGCAUCGUGGAGGUGGUCAUCAUACUGCUGCUCGUCUUCCUCCGCAAGAGGAUCCUCAUCGCCAUCGCGCUCAUUAAGGAGGCCAGCAGGGCUGUCGGCCACAUCAUGAUGUCGCUGCUCUUCCCGCUGUGCACCUUCUUCCUGCUGUGCCUCUGCAUCGCCUACUGGGCCAGCACUGCCGUCUUCCUCUCCACCUCCAACGAGGCGAUCUACAAGGUGUUCAACGAGACCGCGUGCCAGUUUUCCGGCCAGACCUGCAAACCGGAGACCUUCAACGUGAGCAACGUCACCAAGCUGUGCCCUGACGCCCAGUGCCUCUUCGCAUUCUACGGGGGAGAGACAGCGUACCACAAGUACCUCAUCAUCCUGCAGUUCUUCAACGUCUUCAUGUUCUUCUGGCUCGCCAACUUCGUGAUCGCGCUGGGCCAGGUGACGCUGGCAGGGGCCUUCGCGUCGUACUACUGGGCCUUCAAGAAACCCGACGACAUGCCCGCCUUCCCCCUCUUCUCAGCCUUCGGCCGUGCGCUCCGGUACCACACCGGCUCGCUGGCCUUCGGCUCUCUGAUCCUCGCCAUCAUCCAAGUCAUCAGGGUCAUCCUGGAGUAUCUGGACCACAGGUUAAAAGCUGCAGAUAAUAAGUUCGCCAAGUUCCUCCUGAGCUGCCUGAAGUGCUGCUUCUGGUGCCUGGAAAAAUUCAUCAAAUUCCUCAACAGAAACGCAUACAUCAUGAUCGCCGUCUACGGCACCAACUUCUGCACCUCUGCCAGGAACGCGUUCUCCCUGCUGAUGAGGAACAUCAUUAGGGUGGCCGUUCUAGAUAAAGUCACGGAUUUCCUCUUCUUCCUUGGUAAACUCCUCAUCGUGGGAAGCGUCGGAAUCCUUGCCUUCUUCUUCUUCACCCAGCGGAUAAAGCUGGUCCAGGACACAGCGCCGCCGCUGAAUUACUACUGGGUCCCCAUUCUGACGGUGAUUGUGGGCUCCUACCUCAUUGCCCACGGGUUCUUCAGCGUGUACGGCAUGUGCGUGGACACCCUCUUCCUCUGCUUCUGUGAAGAUCUGGAGAGGAACGAUGGAUCCCCCGAGAGGCCUUACUACAUGUCCCCCGAGCUGAGUGAGAUCCUGCUGAAGGGCAACCUAGAGCCUUCCAAAAGCGCCGAUAGCCAAGGCUAGGGGCUGGCCCCGGGAGGAAGGCUGCGUGCCUGGAGGAGGGGCCGCGGGACACUCUCGGCCCCCCAACCCAAGCAGCGUUCUCCUAACCCCCCUGGGUGGCAACCAUGGUGCAGAUCCUUCCCCUGGAUGCCCUCUGCAGCCUGGAGGGCGGAGGGGGUGCCGGUUCCUCAGUGCCCCAUGCUGUAUCAAACCUACCUUCCUGCCCAACAAUGAAUAUUCCUGUAUGGAGAGAACGAACCCAGAGCGUCACCUAGAGUUAAUCUGGGCUCCCACGUGUCCGGCAGCGCCUGGACGCGCCCGGGUGCCAAUAUAGGGUUGCGUUUCAUGUUGAAGCGGAGAUUUUUGUUCCUAAUGGCCAGCUGUGGAAGGGAUGGGAGAGCCGCGGCGCCGGCGGCAGGCACCCGGCGUUGUUUGCGGUUUGUGGGACGGGUCGAGUGGGUUCCACAGCUUGAGAACUGGUCUCUCUGUGCUUUCCUCUUUGUUCUGCCCCCAGCAGAGAGCAACAAGCCUCGCUCCUCACCCACUCUUUCUAUGCAAAACAGGGUUGGCGCGCUUAAAAAAAAAACCAACAGAGUUCUUGGUGAGAAUGCAGAUCCGUUGCUUUUAAGUCUGUUGCAUCAGCAGGGUCCUCCUGGCAAAAUGGAGCUUGCCCUUCCCGCAGCCGAAAGCUCCUGUUCCCACGUGCCGUCGGUUUAGGGAAGCUGAAAAGAGCCGUCGCCGCUCACAAGUCGUUAGAACUUUGACUGGCAGCAUCCCUUGUUUUAAAACGGCGUCUCCGGCUGGUUGCGUGGAGGUUUAAUCACUGCGGGGAGGUGGUGGCUCGUCCUGGGAGCUGCCUGGUGGGCUCUGCUCUCCCACCACCCCGCCAGGGUGGUUGAGUUGAUGGUUUGGCUUCUGUCCGGUGGUGGCUUCCAGGGGGGGGAGGAGCUGCAGGGCUGUAACGACUUUCCACGCUUGCCAAGCGUCUGCAGCCCUGCAGGCUGGGGUGGCUGUGGGAAGGCGGAGGGAGCCCGCGUGGAGGGCGAGUCCCUGCACCGGUGACUUCUAAUUGCCGCGGGUUCGUUAAGGCGAUGUCCGGAGGAGCGGUGUGAGCGUCCCCGACGGGGCUACAGGGAAACGGUGCAUUGAGCUGGCAGGUGUUACACUGGGGAUGUGUCGCGGCAUCUCUGCGGCUCGAGAAAUCAGAGCAAAAAAACCCCAGGUUGAUGGGGAGGCAGCUGGUGGGGGCUGCAGCCCCUAAAGGAACAGCAGCCAAGCCCUGGCUGGAGCCUGGCCUCAUUUUCUCCUCUUGAUAGUCCAGAAAUGGUCACAUUUUUUUUUAAAAAAAGCCAUUCUGGCCACGUGCUGCCCGGGUAGCCGGAUCUCCUGUUAGAAAUCCUCACACGGCCAGAGUGCCCCGUCUCACGAGUCCUGCCCUCUUAGGACAAAGCCGUAGUGUUAACACUCGUGUUUUCAUCGCGGAGAAGUACUGAAAUCCCUCUCAAAAUAUCCCAGGGCGCUUUCACUCGACGCUGAGGCUGCUGCUUUGUGGGUUUGUUUGGUUUGGGGUUGGACAGUUGUUUGGUUUUCGUUGUUGUUUUUUUUUUUCUUUUUUGGUGGCUGUGAUUUUCCUACCGCUUCUUGUUGGCGCAGCUGCUUGGCUUUGAGCAGCGAGAGGCCGCGCGGCGUGUUCGGCGCUGGGAAUACACCUCGUGAUUAUGUAUGCGUGGCGUGUUGACGAGGGCGUCGGGCACCCGGCAAGCAGCGCCAAGUGAAUACCGAGCGAAAUUGCUUUGUGCUCGCGUCAUGAGCCGUUUUCGGCUGCACAAAGAGCAAGGAGAGCCACCGCUGCCCAGCUCCGGAGAGGGAGGGACGCGUGCUUCCAGCUGGCAGAGAUCUCUUUCCCUACAGCACUGUUAGACUUUCCCGCUGCCACCCGGAUAAAAAAGAAAACCAAACAACACAAAGCACCCAAACCUCUGCUUUCUUCUAAAUAACAGCGUCCCGUUUCCAGAGGGUGGUGCUCCCCAGGAAGCGGGAGAGGUGCGGCCGCGGUGGCAUUUAGCUGUGACAUGGGGAGAAAAUCCCGCCCGCGAUGAGCCAACAGACCUUUAUUGUUAUCAAAGAUAAUUGUGAGACGAGCAGGACGGCUGCUCCUCUAGCAUCUCUCUGCCUUGAGGCUCCUCACAGCACCUGCUGUGACUCCUGCCACACCAACCUGUGUGUCUGUCCCCCCGCCACUGCUGUGCGGGGCGGCGGGGGGUUUCUCUUUGCAGUGGAAGACCUGGAGCGUAACGAUGGGUCGGCCGAAAAGCCUUAUUUUAUGUCGCCCAACCUGAAAAAGCUCCUGAAGAAGACGAACAAAGGUCAGCCGGACGCAUAGAGCCUGCCCUCGUCCCUUCUGCGUCUCCUCUUCGUGUUCCCGCUCCGGGAGCGGAGCCGCAGGAUCGCGCUGGGCACUCAGCGUUUGUCCCACAUGGAAAUCUCGUUACUGAACCUUGAACCGCCGUCUCCUCGACCCCUGCCGCGGGAGGGGGCUUCGCUGGAGAGGGGAGCGAGUGCUUGUUAGUGAUUCCACCCGAAAUCGUCGGGGCUGCUAAAAGAAGACGGCUCUCAUGUGGCCGCCUCCGCAGAAUACGUCACCGCUAAUGUCCCAUCGGUCCCCAGCCAGCUCAGGUACCGAGCUGGGGAGUUCCCGGCCGCAUCCUGCCAGCACAGGUGCUGAUAAAAGCAGCACUGACACGGGGCAAAGCUCCGUCUUCCGGCGUGUCGAUCGACACCAAACCACAUUUAAUUGGGUUUAGUAAUUUUCUUUUUAUACUGCUAAAAAAAAAGAGAUGGUGCUACCUUCAGGUCGGCUGUGUUCGGCGGUCCCUUGGCACUCGGGAAAAUCCGGGUGCUGUGGCGACGUGCCAGUGAGCCGAGGGGUCUGAGCAGCUCCUCAACUGUUUUUAUUUGCAGCCCCCCCCCCCCCCCCCCCCCCAGUAUUUACUUGCGGCUGUUGAUUCCUACCCAGAGAGCUGAAACAUGCUGAAAUCACCUCGCUUCUCUUGCCACCCUUUGGAGACACCUGCUUUGGGGCUGGGCUUGUUUUAGACAAUUAAUUCUUUUAGGAACAUGCCAAUUAGUGUUGUUAUAGCCACCUGCGGAGGGUUAACGAGCAGGACUUGGGUGUUAACGCAACCCCGGAACGGAGGGAUGCUCUGUGCAGUUACACCAUAUUUCUAGGACUGACAGCUUCUACUGAUUCCUCCCCCAAAAUCCUGCAGUAUAUAUUUAAAAAAAAAAUAAUUAUAUAUAUAUAAUAACUUACAGCAAAGCCUAACGGUCGAACAAAAUGCUUUGCCUGUGUAAUAGAUUUAGGAAGACCCCACCUGCGGGCACGGCGAGGGAGUAAUGUGUAUAUAUAUAUAUUGGUUUGGGGUUUUUUAGGAUAAUAUUUGGUAGUUUUAAGCAAACCAAAUGACAAACAACAGGUUGCCUUACGUCCUUCAGAUGCCAUGGCGCAGCCCGGCCCGCUGUCUCCAAGGGGAAGGUCCAGACCUUCAGCAGCUGUGGUCGGAAGAAACAGAGGAGGCUUGCGAAAAGUAGAUUAAAGGGGGUUAAAUAUCCCUAAAACACAAAUAACUAAACUUAACCCCCAAAUUUAACAACAUUAAAACGCCUCCUCUGACACGCGCAGCUGCUCAAGCGUCCCUUGAGCGACAGGGGGCUUGCCUGGGUAUAGUCCCCGCCACAAGUCAUACUUUUUUGUGGUUUAAUUUGUGUAAAAAUAAACGCACCGAGGCUUUGGCGGGCACUUUACCAGCUCCCAGAGCACAGGGGGUGGUGGGGGCAGCGAGAGCAGGAGGCUUGUGGGGUCACAUGUGCCUCCCCACCUUAAAAAACGCACACCCUCCUUAUCACAAGCGUCUGCUUAGCCGCAUUUAAUUUGCGCUGAAGGAUAUAUUUUGCUUCUUUUAUACGUAUUUCUCGGUAACCUUUAGAUCCCUGUAGUAUUUUUGUAAGAUACGAGGAAUGUUUUCUAUCCCAGUUACUAAAUGGUUUGGGGGUUUUGUACGUUUUGCUUUUUACUGGUUGUUUCAGUUCUGUAGCAGUUAUUUCGAUCUCUUCCAGUACUGUUUUUAUGACAGAUUUUGAAAUAUCUACCUGGCAGCAGGCUGAGACGCUAACUGCCGCGGCUCAGGGCAGUGCAGCACCGCUGACCUCUCCCUGAGCCGACAGCAAGGCAUAGCUCCGCGCUUGCUGGAAUCGAAAACGCCAUCCUUCCUCCAAAGCGCCUUUUUCCUCGCAUCUCGACGUAGCCGAGCCGAUGCUGGAGGGUAGAGCUAAAAAGAAAAGGCGAAGGUAAACAUAGAGCUAAAAAGGUGAAGGUAAAAGUAAUGCUGCAAAGGUGAAGGUCAAGCUAAAAACCAGGAAAGGUCAAGCUAAAAAACCAGGAAAGGUCAAGCUAAAAAAACAGGAAAGGUCAAGCUAAAAUGGAAAGGUAAAACUAAAAGGGUCAAGCUAAAAAGCAGAGAAUCCUCUGGGUUUGGGGUAGUGUAAGCAGGAGUGAUGACGGGAAUAUAUUCAGUUUAUACCCACACCGGCACCUGUGAGAAAAUAUUUUCCGCAGCCUGAUGCUGGUCCUGAAUGAUUUGAAUUAUUUUUUUCCUCCCCCCACCCCAACCCAGUGUAGCUUCUGAGGCGGUUUGUUUUAUUUCCUGCUUGCAGUUCUGGUGUGGAGGGUAAGUUUGCUCCGGCUCCUUGACUUUAGCUUUUCUCUUUUUUUUGGUAUCAAGAGGCUUUGGUUGUCCAAGAUAGCAGAAAGCCAUCAGUAGCUUGAUUUAUUUUGCAUAAACAGCCGAUAUACAGCUGAGAUUUUUAGGUCUGGAAAUAGAAAAUGUUGGAAUGGGGAACAGAUGUAGCAAAAGGCGCGUUCUUUGGGCCGCAAGGGCACCGCUGUGUUCUGUAAACUUGGUGUUUGAGGGGAAUUGGGGAUUCCUGCUUCCAAUAAGCCGAAGCAGCAGCCGGCUUUCCAGGCGUGGUGCUGGCCGAGAGCCUCAGGAAGCAGAGAGGCAAAUCUGCCAGGAAAUAAGGAUGGGGUUUUCUGGGGAAAAAAUCGGAGCUGCUCCAGCAAGGGCAGUUCUCUGGUGGGAUUUCGGUGUUGGAAAAGCUUCGCUCCAUGACUCAGAUUAUUCCUUUCUGUGAGCAUGGAGUGAUCUGUGCACUUGAGAGCACGCCUCCCGUGUGAAGCUGCGCAUUGAGGCAUUAAUUUGGCUUCAGGAAUAACCGCGCUCUUCUCUGUGUCGAGAUGUGACUUUUGUCCCUGUAAACUGUGUGUGCUCCGAAUCCUUCCCUCGGUCAGGCCAGGGCAAGGAAAAAAAACUAAAAAAAAAAAAAGCUAAAACCCACAGGGCUGAUGUUCUGAAAAAAGAAAAUCCAUGUUUUAAAAUGUAUUUCUGAGGCAUUAACUACUCCUACCCUGCACUGGGGCUCCCACGCAAGGACGUAGCUCCAGUGGGAGCAUCCGCGCGCGUUCCUGAUGUCGUGUGUGACGGUUCCCUCGAUGUCAGCGUUGCAACCCUCAAAUAAAAGUGCCUGUUCGGACCUUG